GAUGGAUUCUUAUAUCAUACAAUACCCGGCAGACCAAAAAACACUGGGCCAGACCAUAUUUCAUAAAGUGAUCGAAAUUCGAAUAUCCUCGAAUCUAGAUUCAAAUCCGUUGGAUCUGCAUUUUUAGCUUCUAUAGCCUCGCGACUCUUUGCUGCAGGCUACCAGUUAGCUCUUGAAAGCAGUGCACCGCUUCAGAAUCCGGAGAGGCAACAAGAUAUAAUAGCAUAUCUGAGUCCGCUGAACAUACGGAAUCAAACCGUAGGCGAAAAUGGACAAGAUUUCCGAAAGUGCAUUUGCCGAACUUCCGGUUACCGAGGACGUGAGUGAAAACUGCUCAUUGCUCACGGUGAUCCUAGAUCUUAGCCCGACGGCGUGGCAUGCCAUAAGAGCCCAGGUUUCGAUCCAGGAAACCGUCAAAUCGCUUCUAGUGUUUCUUAAUGCCCAUCUCGCUCUUAACAAUAGCAACCAAGUGGCCGUGAUCGCGUCCCUGCCGUUUGGAUCGCGGUUCCUUCAUCCGAGCACUGGGCGACGCUACGAGGAUGUGGAUGAAAACAGUGAGGGCGGAUCUGAAAAGCCUAAAGCGACGCUUAUAAAUGAGGGCAUGUACCGCCAAUUCCGCUUGGUGGACACGGCUGUACUUCUGGAGCUAAACGAAGAGCUCCGCCGAUUGGCCACCCCGGGAAGCGGAGACCUGAAAUUUCUGAAUGUAUCCACCCUAUCUGGAGCGUUGCUGAUGGCCCUCACCUAUACCAACAGGAUGCUCCAUUUUGACCAGUCGAUUCUGACCACCACGGCCUCGGCCAUCAAUUCGACCACAUCGGCCGUGAACUCAACGGGCUCUGCAGAGCCCUCGGUGCACGCAGGGAGCGUGCUGCCCACAUCCUUGGACUCCCGUAUACUCAUAGUGUCGGCUAGCGAUAGCCACGACACGCACUACAUCGCCAUCAUGAACUCGAUCUUUGCUGCGCAGAAAAUGAAGGUGCCGAUCGAUGUGGCCAAGCUUGGCCGCUUAGACUCCCCGUACCUCCAGCAGGCAGCGGAUGCCACCAAGGGAGUGUACUUGCAUAUCACGGAGCCCAAGGGCCUCAUCCAGACGCUUUCGACUGCGUACUUCAUUGAGCCGUGUCUCCGGUCGGUGGUAAUUUUGCCCACCAACUCGAACGUUGACUACAAAGCCAGCUGCUUCAUUCUGGGGAAGCCAGUGGACAUUGGCUAUGUGUGCUCGGUAUGUUUGUGCAUCAUGAGUAUCAUUCCAGAGCUGGGGAUUUGUCCCACGUGCAAGUCGAAGUUCGACGAGCAUCUCCUCACAAAGCUUCGAAGAGGGCCUGUGGUUGCGAGGAAAAAGCGGAAGCUAGAAGAUGCUGAAAGCAAGGGAGAAGAAGAAGCAGGCAAUGGGGCAGAGAAAGAGAUGGGAACUGGGGCCGAAAACAGGCUGGAUGAGGCGAAAACAUGAGAAGUGCAAGUGGGCAUCUAUCAAAAUAUACGAUAUAUAGAGAGAAUGCUGAAUUGGGUUCAGUUGUGUCGGGCUGAUUGACAGACACGUGCAUCACUACAACAUCAUACUCGGUGAAUUUCUUUUAGCCUACUCCUUCACCCUCCUUCAUCUAAACAGUUUGUUGCAAAUCUAAGCUUCUCAAAGCAAACAGAAUGUCAGCUUCAAGGGUCCUAGGUAUACUGCCAGCUAUUCUUCCAGAGCCACG